GUCAUCAACAGGCGACAGAGCGACGAACUCCAACAGCUCAUGUCACUUAAUAUUUUGAAUAACAUUCGCUGUAUUUCAUGGCGUAUUUUUAUGUAAAUUGUAACAUAGUAACCGAAAAUUAAGCCCAUAAAACGAAUGUCACAUGGAAAUCAGAGCGUCGCCUUUGCCUUUCUCGUGAUUUAAGUUAAUCGCCGAAGCUUUAAACUAUGGUUAAACUACUCACCAGCUACAAAAAGGUUUGGCAAAUAUGUACGUUUUCCCCAAAUGUUAUAGGCACACCGCUGCUGCCUAGCAGAUCGAGUCCAGCACAUCAAAAUGCAUAUAAUUUUCGUCACAAGACUUCAGGUGCUGGUGAUCGAGCACUACAGGAGAGACAAAAGCAACACAUGGCACGUGGUUUGCCCAAACAGAAGCCCAUAGCUGGAGUCAAAGAGGUCAUUGUUGUUGCAUCAGGGAAAGGAGGGGUGGGAAAGUCCACAACGGCAGUGAAUCUUGCUCUUGGACUUAUGGCUAACGAGCAGAGUAAAUUGGUGGGCCUUCUAGAUGCUGAUGUCUUUGGUCCCUCGGUUCCCAAGUUAAUGAACCUUAAAGGAAAUCCUGAGUUAACAGAAAAAAACUUAAUGAGACCACUUGUAAACUUUGGAAUUCCUUGCAUGUCAAUUGGCUUUCUGGUAGAAGACGUUGCACCUAUUGUGUGGAGGGGUCUGAUGGUGAUGUCAGCUAUAGAGAAACUUAUUAGACAGGUAGACUGGGGGAAUUUAGAUUACCUUGUGAUUGAUAUGCCGCCUGGAACUGGCGAUGUUCAGCUUUCGAUUACUCAAAAUAUUCCUAUAGCAGGGGCUGUAAUAGUGUCAACGCCACAAGAUAUUGCCCUUAUGGAUGCAAGAAGAGGUGCUGAGAUGUUCCGAAAAGUUAACGUUCCGGUGCUGGGUCUUGUUCAAAACAUGAGUGUUUUCCAGUGUCCCAAAUGUAAUCAUCAGACUCACAUUUUUGGCUCAGAUGGGGCUAAAGAGUUGGCUCAAACCCUUGGUGUUGAGUUGCUUGGAGACAUUCCUCUUCAUCUAAACAUCAGAGAGACAUCAGACAUGGGGCAGCCUGUGGUUGUGUCAUCCCCAGAUAGUCCAGAGGCCGAGGCCUACAGAAGAAUUGCAGCAGCAGUCGUACGGCGAUUGGCAGAGCAUCUGAAAUAAAACUAAGUCCAUAUUUAACACAAAAAAUGAGCAGUAUCUUCUCCAAAUUAGCUCCAUUGCCCAAUUAAAAAUUGGUAUCAAAUACCAAUUAGAAUGUUUAUAAGUAAUUUAUUUUCAUUUAUGCACUGAUAUGCUGUCAACAGAUAUUAUUACAUGUCAAUAGAAUGUGUUUAAAUUGCUUCCCUUAAAGAGCAAUUUAAGUUGUGAAAGAAAGAAAAUAAGACUUGACUGCAGUUACUAAUUGAAAUAAAUAAGCAUCAACACAA